AUGUCGCAGUGCCUAAUAAUCUUUAAGCCCUCGGGGGUAGUUGAAUAUCAAAGGAAUAACAAGAUCUACCCCUUUAAUGAGUUUAUAUUGCAUAUAAUUAAUGAAACUCAAACUAGUUUAGAUGCAAAUUUCACUACUCAAACUAUACAUCAAAAGCGGUUUUAUUGUUUUCAUAAGGAAGAUGUCUAUGUUGCUUUGUAUUUUGAUGCUAUAACUGCUAUAGAUAGUGACAAGGUUAGGCAGACGCUAUAUGGUAUACAUAAGAUUUACAAAAAAUUCGAGGACGACGAUUUGAGAAGUACGGCUGAAGGUGCGAAAUUUGAACAAUUGGUUGAUUUGCAAUUUAACAACUUGAUGAAAUUGAAACGCAACGAAGAGGGACCACGGGUGGCGGCGGCGGCACCAGUGGUUAAUGUAUCCAAUAGCGGAACAGCAAGCACGACAAGCGCGCCAGCAAAGCAACCAAACUUGAACAAAAGACCUACAUCGAAAAAACUACGUAAAUGGGACGAUAGUGGAGAAAUGAUUAUUGAUGUGGGGGACUCUGGGCCAUUAGACUAUUCUAGAAAUGAUGAAAAUGGCGAUAUGAGUAACUUAAUGCCAGAGAUGAGAAUCAAUAAUGAAUCUGCAUUUACCAAGAGUAAUGAGCUUGUCCUUGUGAGCGAGUUGAAUGAAAUAUUAGGAGCAUCCGAUGACGAUGACAAUGACGACGAUGACGAAGACGACAGCAACACUGAUGGGAAGGAUAAAGGCUUAUCUAGUGGAUUUUUCAGUAGAAUAAGCUCAUAUUUAGGAGGGUCCAUCAAUUUGGAGGAAGUAUCAAAAAAGUUUAAUGACCAAUUGAUAUCAAAAAAUAUUGCUCCUGGUACUGCAAAAUUAAUUAUUGAUAAAAUCAAAAGUCGCUUAGCUGGAAAGACUGUCACGAUGACCACGUAUAAGCAAAUAUUGACUGAAGAGCUCACCAAAAUACUUACCCCAAACGUAUCGACAGACUUGUUGUAUGAAAUUAAGAGAAAUAGUGGUGGUGGUGGUAAACCGUUUGUAAUAUCAGUAGUUGGCGUCAAUGGUGUUGGAAAGUCAACGAAUCUUGCCAAAUUAGCAUAUUGGUUUUUGCAAAACAAUUUGAAUGUGCUUAUUUGUGCAUGCGAUACUUUCCGGUCUGGUGCUGUUGAGCAAUUGAAAGUGCAUGUGAACAAUUUGGAUCGCUUAAACUCCAAUUUAUCUAACAAGUCCAAGAUUGAAAUUUUUGAAAAGGGAUACGGAGGUGGUGACCAUGUUGUUACAACAGCAAAGCAGGCCAUUGAAUAUGCACGAACAAAUCAAUACGAUAUUGUGCUAAUUGACACUGCUGGCAGAACGCAUUCUAAUGCGAAAUUGAUGGCACCGUUGAAGAAAUUCGGAGAUGUGGUAAAUCCCGAUAGAAUCAUUAUGGUUGGAGAAGCGUUGGUUGGAACAGAUUCUGUUGAACAAGCGAUGAAUUUCAACCAAGCGUUUGGCAAUAAGCGAAGUUUAGAUUUUUUCAUAAUUUCAAAAGUGGAUACCGUUGGUGAUAUGGUUGGAACUACGAUAAAUAUGGUUAUGGCUACUAAAGUGCCUAUUUUAUUUGUAGGAACAGGGCAGACUUAUACAGAUAUCAAGCGGUUGAGUGUAAGGCAAGUUGUUGAGAUGUUGAUGAAAUAG